AUAUAUCGUAUACUAGAUGCUCUCAAUGCAAGUCCGAGUUGUGUAGCUGGGCCCGCUUGGGUUGCAAGAGCAUCAUCCUUUGUGCAGGAAAGCGAGCGGUCUGACGUCCUUGAUGGGCUUCCAAACUACGAAAACGGGGUCGUAAAUAGCUUCAUGGAGCCAGAGACACGCGUGCUGACAAUCUCAUCAUCAGCAUUGCCCAUGCUCCACAUGAAACUCGAUAAGAGUGUCGAGCUGAGGAAGCUAGAGGUUAAACGUUUGCAUAUACUUAGACAAAUUCGCGAUUGCCGACAACAGUCCGCCGUCGCAGAAGCUCCAGGCGUGCAAGAAAGUGAUGGAAAUACAAAUAUCGACGCUCAAUCCACCGAAUCUACCCCCAAACCUACCAGAUCAUCAAUUGUGGAACUCCAUAAUCAGUAUAAUGAGUUCAUCAAUCAGCGUGCCAUUCUCCAACGCGAGUGUGGACGGCGCUAUUCGGACCCUUUGGAAGUGCUUCCAACCGAGAUCUGGAUCGAGUGUCUAAAUCUUGUAUUGGCAGACGAGAUCGCGGUGAAUGGAAGUAGCGGCGGUGGCAAUGGUUACUAUAACGCGUCGCAAGGUGUCUAUCACUUGCUGCUUGUGAGCAAGUCCUGGUGGACUAAACUUCUCAACGUACCUUCAUUGUGGAGUACCAUAUUAGUAGAUGGAGAUCCAGAUGUCCUCUAUCGACUCACCGCUGGGCUGUACUUUUCUGGAUCACUCCCUUUGACCAUCAUCAUUGAAUUGCCAUUCGUCGAGACACCCUCUAUGACAGAGGUAACCGACGUCACAUCCACGGAGGCGUACAAAAUCCUCACAGAACCUCAGGUCAAGUCUCGAAUCAAACGAAUCAUCUUCCAGCAAUCUCUACAAUCUCGAAGGGCUCACCGCGACGGUAACGAUGCACCAUUUAUCACAUUCUAUGAUACAGCAUUUUCACUAUUACGACCAUUCCAACACUUACCAGAGUUAGAGGCAGUUCAAAUGCGGCAUUCAUUCGACUAUUACUCAAGAACACUCCUGGAGGAAGGCUUCCCCAUCUCCCCAAAACUCAGGGGUGUCUAUCGUUGGUGCCUUCCGGCCAUUACUUUGGAAGGUAUCAUGCGGAACCUUUCUAGAUGGAGUAUUAAGGAAUAUGGGGGCAAUGCAGAUGACGAACAUACUAUGCAAGAGCUUCGAGAUU